AACUCGCACAUGUGGAGUGAACUAACUGCUCAAAUGCUGCAGUGUCAUUUCUGUUACUUUCUCCUCAAUUACGGUUUAUUCUGGGUCACUAGUGUUACUUCACCUUGUUAAUGGUUUAUUCUGGGUCAUUACUGUUACUUCACCUUGUUAAUGGUUUAUUCUGGGUCAUUACUGUUACUUCACCUUGCUUUUGAACCGUGUGUCCAAAAUUUAAAAGCCCGGCAUCCCUAAAUUCCCUGGGUCGAGUUCAACGCACCCUAUAACAUCAGUUUCUGCCAUUUUGGAUUUUGUCAAAACAAAAUCUUUUUUCUCCACUCCUCCUACACAUUUUGUCCAAUAAUCACCAAAUUUGGCAAACAUCAUCUGCAGAGUACUCCAAACGGUUUGUCCAUAAUGGGCCAUAUCUACCAAUACUACCAUGCUGUUUAUCAUUUGGCCUCAGUCAUUUCUGUUACUUUCAUUAUCAUUUGUUCUGGGUCAUUAGGUAAUUCCCGGUAUGGCCUGAGUCAUUUCUGUUCCAUCACUGGAAAGCUUCAGUCUGGGUCAUCUCUUCCUGGAGCUGGCUUGACAAGUAUAGAAUUCCUUUUAGUUUUGUUGCUUGUUGUCGUGGUGAGGAAUGCCGAGCGGUGUGGAGUACGGAGAGUUGGGGGAGAGUCUGCCCGCCAUCUCCUCUCUCAACGCCUCGUUCUCACAGGCGUCUCUGUCAGCACACUCGAGUCAUUACCUCCCUCUGCCCCCUACUGAGAGGAGAAGCAUCUCAGACGUCCGCCGCACCUUCUGCCUCUUCGUGACCUUUGACCUCCUCUUCGUCUCUCUGCUCUGGAUCAUCGAGCUGAAUAUUAAUAAGAGUAUCUGGCUGAAUCUGGAGAAGGAAGUCGUUCGCUACGAUUUCAGAUCCUCCUUCUUUGAUAUCCUUCUGUUGGCGGUCUUCAGGUUUUUGUGUUUACAGAUUGCUUACGCUGCUUUCAAACUGAGACAUUGGUGGGUCAUUGCGAUCACGACUCUGGUGACGAGCGCCUUUCUUAUUGUCAAAGUCAUCAUUUCUGAUUUACUGACAGAGAAUGUGUUCGGUUAUGUUCUCCCUAUCGCCUCGUUCGUCGUGGCCUGGCUGGAAACCUGGUUCCUCGACUUCAAGGUGCUCACUCAGGAGGCGGAGGAGGAAAGAGCGUACCUGGCGGCGGUGAACGCGGCGUGCGAGAGCGGCCGUCUGAUUUACCCCAGAGCUCUCUCAGAUGGACAGUUUUACUCCCCGCCAGAGUCAAUCGCAGGUUCUGAUGAUGAGGAUCUUGAUGAAGAAGGUCUAGGCAGAAGAGCAGUGACUGCACAGGAGAGGGAGUUUGUGCGACAGGGCCGUGAGGCGAUGGCGGUAGUGGAGCAGAUCCUCGCACAGGAGGAGAACUGGAAAUUCGAGAAGAAUAAUGACGUUGGUGACUGUGUUUACACACUGGAAAUUCCUUUUCAUGGAAAAACCUUCAUUUUAAAGGCGUUACUGCAGUGUUCAGCGGAGUUGGUGUAUCGGGAAGUGAUUCUGCAGCCGGAAAAGAUGGUGCAGUGGAACAGAACGAUCUCAGCGUGUCAGAUAUUACAGAGGGUGGAUGAUAACACGAGUGUGUCAUAUGAUGUGUCUUCAGGAGCAGCAGGAGGAGUCGUAUCUCCCAGGGAUUUUGUGAAUGUGCGCAGAGUGGAGAGGAAACAAGAUUGCUACGUUUCCGCUGGAAUGUCGACUGUUCACGGCUCCAAACCCCCUCACCCUCGCUACGUCCGAGGUGAAAACGGUCCCGGUGGGUUUGUGGUGUUAAAGUCCAGCUCUAAUCCAUCAGUCUGUACCUUCAUCUGGGUUCUGAACACCGACCUCAAGGGUCGACUCCCUCGUUAUCUGAUCCAUCAGUCUCUGGCUGCCACCAUGUUCGAGUUCAUGUCUCACCUCCGUCAGCGCAUCGCAUCUUUCCGCUGAACCAGGAGGCGUGGCCGUGCUGGGAUAAACCCCGCCCACUCUGUGUGAAGGAGAUGUGCUGCCCCCAUCAGGCUGGGAGGAGGAACCACACACACACACACACACACACACACACACACACUGACUUUAAUGAAGAAGAAGGAAACUGUGAAGACUGCAUAUGAACAUGAAGGAACGUUUCUCUUCAUCAUAUUUUCUCUAGUUGAAUAAAUCUGAUUCCUGCUGAGUGUGUGCGUGUGUGUGCGUGUGUGUGCGCGCGCGUGUGUGUGUGUGUGUGUGUGUGUGCUGUGAGAGCAAAACUCUCAUAAUUAUUACAUAAAAACAGGAAGUGUCCCAGUUAACCGUUCUGCAAGAAAGACCAUGUGUUGUUGUUAUUAUUAUUAUUAUUAUUAUUAUUAUUAUUGUGUAAAGUAGAUUUUCUAAAGUAUUAUCUGAAGUAGACGUCUAACGUGGGGCAGCUUUUUUAAAAUAAUUACCCAAUAAUUAUGGAAACAGUAAAAUAACAGUCAUUACACAGUUUUUCUUCUUCUAAUUUUUCUCAGCAGCUGCAUUAGCAGCAUAAAGCUAACUCUGUAGUUAUAGAAAAACAAUUUGCUAAUUAAUAAUUUAUUUUUAAUGUUUCAUCUUCGCUUUUUUUUUCAUGAACUUCAAAAAUAAGAAAAAAAAAUUAAUAAUAAUAAUAAUAAUAAUAAUAAUAAUAAUAAUAAUAAUGCAUGGGCUCAGGAUAUCCAUACAUAAUUAUGCUUUUUUAAUUUUUCUUUUUUGUUUUUCUUGCUAUUUCUUGCCUAUUUUUUAAAAUUAUUUAUACGUUCAUCUUUAAAUCAGUUAUAAAUUAACCGUUUGUGUUCUGAGAAAAAAAAAUUCAUUUCAAUGUCGUAUAAAAGUUAAAAUUCAGUCUCAUGUGCCUGUAAUUCAGUAACACAUCAACUUCCCAUAAUUCCUUUUUGAGUUGUUAUUCAUUUUUUUACUUGUACACGUUUUAAACAGCAUCCUGACCUCAAGCUCGUCCUCAGUGAGAGAAACACGCACUUUAAUACUUUUAUUCUCAUACGCUUUGCUUGUGGAACAUUCUGGAGAAUGAGGAAUGAGUACUCCUCAGUACCAUAUGCGUCACAGGACACCACAGGACCUUCUCCCAUGAUGCCGAGCGAGAGCUGAAUGGAAAUAAACAGUGCCUUAUCUGUGUGAGAUGUUCAACAGUCGCCAUUUUUAAUUCGAUGAACAGAGGAGCUUCAUCUCCAACAACAUGGCCGACUGACUAUCACUAACCUUACAGCUCACAUCAGGUACAAAAUCUACAGAUACAAAAGCUCCGUUUCUGUUUCAUCAGUUAUCAAACGCUGAUUUUAAACAAAACACACCAUCCUGCAGGAAUAUAAUCGCUUCAGUACGGUGCGUUCUGAUUGGCUGAGAGCAGCAGGGAGGAUAAAACACACAGAAACGCAUUAAUGGAGUCAGUAUCAGGACUGAACAGUGUGUUAGCCCUGAAAUUUCACUUCAUCAUAAAUAAUAAAUGUUUCUCCGAGUUUAUUUGAAAUAAUUCUAUAAUGUCUGAUGAUGAUCCUACUGGAUAUUUAUCAUGCAGUAAUGAAACGCGACGUUCAGAUGGAUUUCAGCUUCAUUCCUGAGAAUGUGUCACUGUCUAAUCUAUCAGAUUAGUGUUUGAUAACUGAUCAAAAGAAAAAGAGAAGCAGUUCUUGCUGUAAAACUCCUCUACACUAUAAACUGAAGCAUAAAACGUUGAUGUGUUUCCUCACAGGACCGUUACAGAAAUGAUGUAUAAUACUGCACACUGUGAGGGACUUUAUGUUGUGUAUUUUGUAUAUUUUGUGCCUUUUCAUGCUGAAAUCACACACACACACACACACACAUUAUUUUAUUUCUUUACAAGCUUUUCUUUCAUGUUUACACACAUUACACCUUUCGUUUUGUUUUAAUUUAAACUCAGCGUUUAUGUUUUUAGCGUAGUUUACUGUGUACUUACAGACUGUAGAAGAUGAGACCAGAUGCUGAACAAGUGUAAUAUCUGAAAUAUGAUUCAUUUUUUUUAAAUGACUGAGCGCUUGGUCUGAACUGUACUGCUAAUAAAAUUAACAUUGUUGUCUCUUUUUA